AUGACGGGCUGGUCUAUGGUGGAAAGGCUGAAAAUGGAGAAGAGCCGCUCCCAAGAAGAGAGGACUAAAGAGCAAGAUGGUGGGGAUCGUAGCACCGAAUCUGAGGAAUGGACAAGCUCUGAGAGUGAACCUGAGCAGCCUGGCUUCAGGAAUAGCUGCAGCAAGGCACAGUUGAGGGAUAAAGAGAUUUCCCACAAACCACAUCGACAACUUUGCCGCUCUCCUUGCUUGGAUCGUCCGAGUUUUUCACAGAGUAGCCUCCUUCAGGAUUUGAAACCGGAAGAGAAUAAAGCAAACUUGAGUCAAGAAUAUCAAUCUAAACUUGAUUUUGCUUUGAAACUGGGGUAUCCUGAAGAUCAGAUUCAAGCUGUGUUGAACAAGCUGGGGGCAGAUGCUCUUACCAAUGACAUUUUGGCUGAGCUUGUGAGACUUGGAAACAAGGUUGAGAAUGAAGGACAAGCAAGUAGUGGAAAUGCCACUGGUCCUGCAGGUACAAAGGAGGUUGCUAGUCCUGAGCUGUCUCUGGAAGAUGAGGUGGUAGACAGCUCUGACAACUUGAGGCCAAUCGUUAUUGAUGGAAGUAAUGUGGCAAUGAGGUACUUUAGUAGUAAUAGAAUACUUCUAAGAAAUGCACUAAUUAUGCUGCAUAUGUAUUUGUUUGUUUUAUUUCAUAUACACACUCUGCUUUUCUGUUAUUAAAAACAACAUCCAAUUAAAAAUGAUAGCAUAAUAGAUUUUAAAAGGCAGCACCUGUAACUCAACUGAGAUAGCCCUUUUAAUCAACCAUGGGAGCUCAAAGACCUAUUGAAGAAGAUGAGCCUUAAGUCUACACACUUGUAUUUAAAAACUAAAAAUUGAGCUGUUUAAUAUAUUUUUAGGGCUAUAGUCCUGUAUAUGUUUCUCUGAGAGAAUUCAGUGGGGCUCCAUCUGAGUAGACAUACAUAGGACUGUACUGUUCAUCUUGUACAGUGUAUCACAGAAUAGAAAAUCUUUCCUUUUACUUGAGUAAUUAAAGUCCAAUGGAAUUUAAAGGCCUAUUCUUAUAGGUAAGAAUGGAAUCACUUUAGUAAAUUCUCAAGGCAUUAUUCACUCUCUGAAAUACAUGUCUGAAAAGCAGUUUAAAAUUUACAGACAAUUUGCUGAGCACAAGAGUUGUAGCAGGGGUGGUUACAACCCAUUGAAAUAAAAUUGUGUCUUUCUAAAGUGGGUACUAAACUUCCAGAAAAGGUUUCUUUCCCUCUAUAAGUCUGCUUAAUGCUAUUUGCUAAACUACAUUUUAGUCCCAUCCAUAUUCCAAAGAGCUCAGGGUGGUGUACAUAGUCUGAUGUGAGGUAGGUUAACCUGAGAGAUAGUGAAUGGCUUUAACUGAGAUUUUCCUAGUCUUAGUCCAACACUCUGCCCCACUACAUAACACUAGUCUCUCUGGCUUUAUGUAUUUUAGAAAAAAACAAAUCUCAUUGCAGUACUUAUGACCAGUACUUGCUAAACUAACUUGUUCUGUUUUUCAGUCAUGGCAAUAAAGAAGCAUUUUCCUGUCGGGGGAUUCAGUUAGCUGUCGACUGGUUUCUGGAGAAAGGUCAUAAAGAUAUUACAGUGUUUGUGCCUACAUGGAGGAAAGAGCAAUCUCGACCAGAUGCACCAAUUACAGGUGGCAAAUCAAACAUACAUUUGUUUUCUUCAAUUGCCAUUACUAGGACGAGGAUAAUUACUGUGCUAGACACUGGCUUUUCUUGGAAUGGGGCCAAGGACCUGAAUCAGAGCAUUUUCUGUAUGCACAUGCAUGGAAGUUGCUCAUAUUCUAAGCCACUAGAUUGUUAUUUUUUCUUAAUUUUUUUACACUUCAUACUUUAAAUCCGUGCUGCACAUAAGCCUGCAAUAGUUACUAGCCUGCAGAAGUGUUAACAAUCCUUCUGAGGGAUGACAAAGGAGCAAAAGUCUAUGGCAUUUCUGUGCUGGGAGUAGAGGAGUAGCCUACUUAGUUUCUGUUCUGGGCAUGGAUGGGAGGGCUUGAGUGCUCCAUUCCUCCUCUGCAAUUCCACUUCACCUGCAUGCAUUUUCCCCUCACCUGUGUCUGCAAGGUCUUUCCAUACAAGGCAGUGUUAGAGUUUUUUGUUGCAUAGACUGAACCAUAAUAUAAAAUGUCAUGGUGUAUAAACUGAAGCAAGCUUAACUGUGAGAUUAUUCCCCAGAAGGGAGACUCUUCAGCCUUGUGCCCCAAGGUGUUGCUGGAGUAAAACUCCCAUCAUGUCCAGCCAUCUCAACCAAUGACUAGGAAUGAUGUGAGUUGCAGUCCAAAAAUAUCUGGGCACCCAAGAUUGAAGUCCACUGUUACAGAGCAAAGCACUGGCACACCAACUUUUAUGCUCUUGGGGAGUGUGCAAACACUUCUUCUUGUACAAUUCUUGAAGAAUAUCUCAGAUACUGAGAUAAACAUAGAGAGCAAGCAUACUUCUAUAUAAGGGACUUUGCUAUUAACAGUUUCUUAUAUAACCCUGGUUUUUCAGAUCAAGAUAUUUUACACAAACUGGAAAAGGAAAAAAUUCUUGUUUUCACCCCAUCUCGAAGAGUUCAAGGGAGACGGGUUGUCUGUUAUGAUGACCGUUUCAUAGUGAAACUGGCGUGUGAGUCUGAUGGCAUCAUUGUGUCAAAUGACAAUUACCGUGACCUUCAAAAUGAAAAGCCAGAAUGGAAGAAAUUUGUAGAGGAACGGCUUCUGAUGUAUUCUUUUGUGAAUGAUAAGUAGGUUUCUUUAUUUACAAGUAGAAUAGUAAUGCUUAAUGUUUAUCUGGUGAGAUUUGAGUAUUUGACUUUGUCUACAUUUUCAUAGAUCGUUAAACAGAAGCUGCCUGGUAGGGCAAUGUAAGACCAUUAGUGACUCCCUUUUGUUAUUCUCUUUUAAACUAGAAUGCCACACACCUAUUUCAUUUUUCUGCACAGAGAAGGGACUCCAGUCCCCUAUUGAUUUCGAUUGGCCUUUCUCCACUGGUUCCUACUCUACAGUUUCCUUUUUGAGAUGGGGUGGGGGGAGCUGAUAGAGAUUAGCUUGCCUUCAGGCACCUGCCAAGCUCAUAGCUAUGACCAGGUUCAGACUGGGUAUUUCCCAGCCCAUUCCUAACCAUUGUAUUGUUACCAGUCUACCGUGUCAGGUAAAUUUAAUACUAGCAGGUGAAACUGGUCUCUUGGUUUUUCCAGGUUUAUGCCACCAGACGACCCAUUAGGACGCCAUGGCCCCAGCCUUGAAAAUUUCUUAAGGAAAAGGCCUGUUGUUCCUGAACACAAAAAGCAACCUUGUCCUUACGGUGAGUGUGUCACACUUGACUAUUUCGGGAGUCAGAAUAAUAAAAUUAGUAACCUUGAUAAAAAGCAAAAAAUCAUAGUGGGUCGUCUGAGGUGUUUUCUGUAUUGGAAACCAUGUAAGAAGCCUGAGUAGGACAGAAAGGCGUAGCAUGCUUCUAGAAGUGUGGGGAAAUCAGAUUUUGUUUGGGUCUGCUGAGUGCACUGCUGAGUUGUUUUUUUUAAAAAAAGCUUUCAUGGUUAAACCAAAGACAUGGUAUUAAGUAGGUAACUGGCUCUUGCUUGCUUGAUCUUGGCAUUGCGUACGUGUGGCUGGGAGCAGGGUGGGGAGGAAAGAGGAGGACUCAGAGAGGGACUGCAGUUUGGGCAAAGAGUUAAAUUUCCUCUUACCUCUAUGCCACAUGUGACCCAGAACCAUCCUUCCCUUCUCUUGCAGUUUCAGAAACUAAGAAUGGAAGGGCCAAUCAUGUGUUUAAUGUCACAUCUUGGCUCUGUUAUUUAGAGCAGUGGCUCCCAAUCCGUAGACCACAAUCACAUAAUGAAAACUACCAUAGAUGUAUCAACAUUUUCAAAAGUAGGGGGCCUAUGGCUUGGCUUUUGCAGUACUUAGCUAAUUGUGAACCACUGAUUUAGAGGGAUGUUUACAUGCAUUAGCAUUUCUGGGGAAAGUCUGGAAGAAAAUACAGCUGGAACUUAAUUCGGUGUUUGGAAAUAUUUUCAAAGGUCUCCUGUGCUCAAAAAGUCAUUUAACUAAUCGAGUAUUAAGGCCACAGAGAGUCAAUUAACAGCUGUAAACCACCCCUGAUUUUUUUUUUUUUUUGAAGGGCAGUAUUCGUUAAAUAAAGUUUUAAAACCCAGUUAGAUAUUUGACAAUUAAACCUUUCCCUCCCCUUGUUCAUUUUCAAGCUCCCAGCACAUCCACAGUCAGCAGAUCCAUUCUGUUAAAUUCCUAAUGAGUAACACUAUGUGGUCUUGGCUGAGAGACUUUUACUGCACAGUCUACACAGUCUAAUGUGCAUGUCUACUCAAAAGCAAGUCCCACUGAGUUCAAUGGCAAUUACUCCCUGUUGUGCAUAGACCUGUAGCCUAAGGGAGUUACAUAUUCACAUUUGCAUUUCACUUUCAUAACACCUUUGUGUCAAAAGUUAAGCAGAGAAAUGGUGACCUAAAGGCACAUCAUGUGCACGUUUUAAAAUAUGAUAAUGCAUGAAGCUGACUGUUUAAAAAUAAAAUCAGGCAUCAUGUGGUAGAUCUUGGAGAGUUGCUGCCAAUCAUAGCAGACAGUGUUAGGCUUGAUAGAUUAAUGGCCCUAAUCUGUAUAUGGCGAUUCCCUGUGCUUCUAUGAGUGGGAAUUUAAACCUGAGUCUUUAUUAGACUCACACCAGUACCUGCUCUUGCUACCUUCAGGGAGGUUUAUAUCACUUAAGUAAGAUAAAUAGAUACAGUGACUGGAUUGUAGAACAUAUAUAGCACAUAUUUGGGUCUGCUAACAAAGGAAAUGUGAUGGCUGUUAAUAGUUCAUUCUAGCAUUGACUGUUACAAUGCAUUUAAAGGACCUUGGGUUGUAUCCAUCUAUGUCAUGUUCCAAAUUGACUUAUUGAAAUCAGUGAACAAGUUAAGAAUUGUAUCCAACUAAGUUUUAUUCAUAGUAGAUGCACUGAAAUUAAUGGACCCAAAUUAAUCAUUUUCAUUAAUUACAAUGGCUUACUUUGACCAGGGCUAGGUAGCAUUGGCUAUAACCCUUACUCAUUACCAACUUGAGUCCAUUGAGUUCAGUGGUUCUAGUCCAGGCAUUCCCAAACUCGGCCUUCCAGCUGUUUUGGGACUACAAUUCCCAUUAUCCCUGACCACUGGUCCUGUUAUCUAGGAAUGAUGGGAGUUGUAGUCCCAAAACAGCUGGAGGGCCGAGUUUGGGGAUGCCUGCGCUAGUCUAAGUAUGACUCUGACACAACCUCCUGUGCUUAGCUAGAUAUUGCUUUCAAAGACCAUGCCUAAUAUGGGAGAUUUUUCCCCAACAGGGAAGAAAUGCACCUAUGGACACAAGUGUAAAUAUUACCACCCGGAACGAGCAAACCAGCCUCUGAGAUCCGUAGCUGAUGAGCUUCGCAUCAGUGCCAAAUUAUCCGCUGUGAAAACGAUGAGUGAAGGAGCACUGGCUAAAUGUGGCACAGGAGCAGCCCUUUCCAAAGGGGAAAUAACUUCAGAAGUGAAGCGCAUUGCUCCCAAACGUCAGUCAGAUCCAAGCAUUCGGUCUGUUCCUGUGGAACCCGAAGAUAGACUUUCAAUGGUGCGGAAGUCUGAGGCUAAUUCUGUCCCCUCCCUUGUUUCAGCAUUAAGCGUCCCAACCAUUCCACCUUCCAAAAGUCACGCUGUUGGGGCAUUAAAUACCCGGUCAGCAAGCAGCCCUGUACCUGGUUCAUCUCAAUUCACACAUCAGAAAUCCUCACUAGAACACAUGGCCAGUGUACAAUAUCCUCCAAUCCUGGUCACUAAUAGCCACGGCUCUUCAAUGAACUAUGCAGAUCAGUACCCAAAGUAUGAGUCUUUGGGGGACCAUGGCUAUUAUUCAAUGCUCAGUGACUUCUCCAAUUUGAGUAUUAGUAGCAUGCAUAGCACAGAUUACUAUGGGGCUGAUGUAGACCAAAGUUUAUACUCAAGAAAUUCAAGCCCCUGUCCAGACAGUUGCUUAAGCCAUACAAGCAAUGAUUCGUACUCCUCAUAUACAGACUUGUAUAUGGGUCUGGGAGAUGGGAGCCCAGAAGACAGUGUGAAGGUUCACCGACUCCCACCUCAAAGCCGCCUUCAGCCUUUCUCCCAUGGUUAUCAUGAGUCCUUAACAAGAGUUCAGAGCUAUAGCCCUGAAGGGUCUAAACAUAUUCACAAGCAUUCACUUUCCCAUUUAGCACUGCACAUCCAACACCCAGUUGUUGGGGCUAGGUCCAGUUGCCCAGGGGACUACCCUGUGCCUCCAAAUGUUCACCCAUCAGCCACUACCCAGCCAAGUCGUGCCCUUGUUAUGACGAGAAUGGAUAGCGUUUCUGAUUCGCGUCUUUAUGAAAGCAAUCCCACACGACAAAAAAGGCCACCGCUCUGUCGAGAGCAGCAUGCCAGUUGGGAUCCAUUGCCAUGUCCGACCGAUACCUACCCUUACCAUCCCUACCCACUGAGCAACAACCUCAUGCAACCAUCUUAUGAGCCUGUAAUGGUGAGAAGUGUGCCAGAGAAGAUGGAGCAGAUCUGGAGGAAUCCUUGGGUUGGAAUCUGUGGUGACCCACAAGAACCACACAUAAUCCCAGAGCAUCAGUAUCAAACCUAUAAGAAUCUCUGUAAUAUUUUUCCAGCUAGCGUUGUCCUCUCGGUGAUGGAGAAGAAUCCCCACAUGACAGACGCACAACAGUUGGCAGCUAUGAUUGUUGCCAAAUUGAGAACAGGACGUUAA